GUUUCGGGCUCCGUACUGAGAGCAGCGUUGUACGCGUAUUCGACCAACUUCGGUGCGAAUGUCACAUUGGGAAUCUCUUUCCGCUUUGAAAAUUUGACAGGCGAACACAUACAAAAAUGGCCAAGCGUACCAAGAAGGUUGGAAUCGUGGGAAAAUAUGGUACCCGUUAUGGUGCCUCCCUCCGUAAGAUGGUGAAGAAGAUCGAAAUCACCCAACAUUCGAAAUACACAUGCUCAUUCUGUGGCAAAGACUCCAUGAAACGCUCAUGUGUUGGUAUUUGGUCAUGUAACCGAUGCAGACGUACCGUUGCUGGUGGUGCCUGGGUUUACUCAACCACAGCUGCUGCUUCAGUUAGAUCCGCUGUUCGACGUCUCCGUGAUACCAAGGAACAGUAGAGAUCCGUUUCGAACCAGUGUAUUCAUAAAUUAAAAAAAUCAAUUUACUGAAGAAAAAAGUGAAUGAGAAAAAAUAAUAUUGGAUUGAAAAGUGAUAUGUUAUCAAAGCCUUGCGGUUAAAUACAAUAUAUCGACAGCUUUUCAAACAAACAAA